AUCGAGCCUCUCUGCGCUUCUUAUUAAAUUUGUAUAUUCCGGACUCGUUUCAUUCAUUUACAUGGACUGGGAUCGCGGGAAAAUCGCUUCCAGAUCCCCAUUUUCCCGCCAGAUUCCUGUAGGCGGAGAUGGAAUCGAUUGAAGACUGCCCCAUUUCGCCCGCUCACACUCUGCUGAUCAAACAACAAGCCAAAGAGAUGCCGGGUGUUCAAAAUUGCCAUGACCAUGAAUCUGUUGUACCCACAACUAGAUUGGGGAGGCUUUUGAGAGAAAGGGAGUUAAGAAAAUCCUGCAGGUCUCAUCUUUCAAAAGAAGGCGUAAGAGAUGGUGGUAGUGUACAUGAUGAUGAGAAACGAUCACAAGAGGAGACUUUUCUUGAUGGAUUGGAACCAACUAAAUUGCUCUUUGAUGUAUUUGAAAGAGCAGAUGGGCGUAUGAGGAAACCACGGUUACUAGUGGUGUCAAAUCGCUUACCGCUAUCUGCAAAAAGAAAGGGAGAGGACCAAUGGGAUCUUGAAAUUAAUGUAGGAGGCCUAGUCAGUGCACUCUUAGGUGUUACUGAGUUUGAAGCAAGAUGGAUUGGGUGGGCUGGUGUGAAUGUCCCAGAUGAAAUUGGACAGAGAUCUCUUUCAAGAAAUUUAUCUGAAAAGAGAUGUAUUCCUGUAUUUCUGGAUGAAGACACCGUUAAUCAGUAUUAUAAUGGUUAUUGUAACAACAUAUUGUGGCCUCUUUUCCAUUAUCUUGGACUUCCUCAUGAGGACCGCCUUGCAACCACCCGAAGCUUCCAGUCUCAGUUUGCUGCAUACAAGAAGGCUAACCAGAUGUUUGCCGAUGUUGUGAAUGAGCAUUAUAAGGACGGUGAUAUUGUGUGGUGCCAUGACUACCACCUAAUGUUUCUUCCCAAAUGUUUGAAAGAGCAUAACAGUGAUAUGAAGGUUGGCUGGUUUCUUCACACGCCAUUCUCUUCUUCUGAAAUAUACAGGACACUUCCUUCUAGAUCAGAGCUUCUGAGAGCUGUUCUGUUUGCUGAUUUGGUUGGAUUCCACACAUAUGAUUAUGCAAGACAUUUCGUUAGUGCUUGCACUCGUAUUCUUGGACUUGAAGGAACACCUGAAGGAGUUGAGGAUCAAGGAAGGCUUACUCGCGUGUCUGCGUUCCCUAUUGGGAUAGAUUCCGAUCGUUUCAUUCGUGCACUUGAAGUUCCUGCUAUUCAAAAUCGCAUUAAAGAAUUGCUAGAAAGAUUUGGAGGGCGAAAGGUUAUGUUAGGGGUAGAUCGUCUCGAUAUGAUUAAAGGAAUCCCCGAAAAAAUCUUGGCAUUUGAAAAGUUUCUUGAAGAGAAUCCAGACUGGCGGGAUAGGGUGAUUCUGGUGCAAAUUGCAGUGCCAACAAGGACAGAUGUUCCUGAGUAUAAAAAACUCGCAUGUCAGGUUCAUGAAAUUGUUGGACGCAUUAAUGGAAGAUUCGGAACUCUUACAAGUGUUCCAAUUCACCAUUUGGAUUAUUCUCUGGAUUUUCAGUCGUUGUGUUCCAUAUAUGCAGUGACAGAUGUGGCAUUGGUAACAUCUUUGAGGGAUGGGAUGAAUCUUGUCAGCUAUGAGUUUGUGGCUUGCCAAGCUUCAAAGAAGGGAGUUCUCAUCCUAAGUGAGUUUGCAGGUGCAGCACAGUCACUUGGUGCUGGAGCUAUUCUUGUAAAUCCGUGGAAUGUUACAGAACUAGCUGCUUCUAUUGACUAUGCUUUAAGAAUGCCUGCACAUGAAAGAGAGAAACGACAUCACCUUAAUUUCAUGCAUGUCACAACUCAUACAUCCCAAGAGUGGGCGGCCACUUUUGUUAGUGAACUCAAUGAUACGAUUAUUGAAGCUAAGCUUAGAACCAAUCAAAUUCCUCCUGUGCUUCCAACCAAUGCUGCUAUAGAGCACUAUAUGCAGUCAAAAAAUCGAUUGCUGAUACUGGGAUUCAAUGCAGCACUAACUGAACCACUGGAUGCUCAAGAAAGGAGAGCAGACCAGUUAAAGGAUAUGGACCCCAAGUUGCAUCCAGACCUGAAAGAACCAUUAAAAAGGCUAUGUGAUGAUCCAAACACCACAGUUGUUGUCCUCAGUGGCAGUGACAGAAAUGUUCUGGAUGAGAACUUCAGUGGAUAUAACAUGUGGUUGGCCGCCGAACAUGGGAUGUUUUUGCGGUUUACUAAAAGUAGCUGGAUGACAACAAUGCCAGAGAAUCUACAUAUGGAUUGGGUUGAAAGUGUGAAGCAUGUGUUUGAGUAUUUCACUGAGAGGACUCCUGGCUCUCAUUUUGAGAUUCGUGAGACAUCACUUGUGUGGAACUAUAAAUAUGCUGAUGUUGAGUUCGGGAGGCUUCAAGCAAAAGACUUGUUGCAACAUCUCUGGACUGGUCCGAUCUCAAAUGCCUCAGUAGAUGUGGUUCAAGGUACCCGAUCUGUUGAGGUCCGAGCAAACGGGGUUACUAAGGGUGCAGCAAUUGAUCGAAUUUUGGGAGAAAUUGUGCACAACAGCAAGGUCAAGAAACCCAUAGAUUAUGUUCUUUGCAUUGGCCACUUUCUCCCAAAGGAUGAGGACAUCUAUACAUUUUUUGAGCCGGAUCUUCCACACGGACCAUCUGCAAGGGCCAAACUACCAACCCAGACGAAUAAAAACGCCUCAGGUAAAGGUGGGGUGAUUAGGGAGCCGGUCAAAAAAAGUGUGGAGCCCUUUUUGACUGCGAAGGGCAUUGAUGGAUAUGGAAACUGGUGGUCUCUGAUGCGCGAGAAGAUGACAGUGAGCGAAGGGUCAUCGGUUCUUGAUCUCAAGGGGGAAAGUUACUUCUCCUGUGCAGUAGGCCGGAAGCGUUCUUGUGCCCGAUACCUCCUCUGCUCAUCUGCUGAGGUUGUGUCUUUGCUCAAAAACCUUUCAGAUUGCUCAUCUCUGCUGCCAUUGAACUGAUUUCAGGAGCUUUUUUUUAAAAAGUCAUUUUGGAGAUUGGAGAUUGAAGUUUUAAGAACUAAAAGUAAUUUUGGAGAUUGAAGUUUUAAAAGUCAUUUUUCUGCUAUGUAUGCUUUUAGUAAACAAAAACUAAAUGGGUCUUGGUGUAGACAGACUAAAGCUUUUGUAUGCCC